CAUGCCCUUCGCCGUCGCCAUUUUUCUUGUUGUGAUUCGCUGGGAGAAGUAUCUUCACACUUCUGGAAAAGUCUGAGAUUUUAGCGUUAAUCUUGUGUUUUUCUUACUUGUGUUUGAACAAAUAUUCUUCUGAGCGGACUUUGAAAACAAAGAAGUCAACAUGGCGCAGUACAAAGGAGCUGCCAGCGAGGCUGGCAGGGCCAUGCAGCUGAUGAAGAAACGAGAAAAAGAGAGAGAGCAGCUUGAACAGCUGAAGCAGAAGAUUGCAGAGGACAACAUGGUCAAGGCCAACAUUGACAAGAAGUUCUCAGCUCACUAUGAUGCUGUAGAGGCAGAGCUGAAGUCCAGCACAGUUGGUUUGGUGACACUGAAUGAUAUGAAGGCCAAGCAGGAGGCGCUGGUAAAAGAGCGAGAGAAACAGCUUGCCAAGAAGGAGCAAUCCAAGGAACUCCAGCUCAAGCUCGAGAAGCAGAAAGAGAAGAAGAGAAAGGAGGAACAGAAGAGGAAAAUAGCCAGCUUAUCGUUUAAUCCUGAAGACGAGGAAGAAGAGGAGGAGAAUGAAGAGGAAGAGCAGGACUAUGCUCCAGUUAAGAAGAAAAAACUGGGGAAAAAUCCAGAUGUGGACACAAGUUUCCUUCCUGAUCGAGACAGAGAGGAGGAGGAGAACCGGCUCAGAGAGGAGCUCAGGCAGGAGUGGGAGCUCAAACAGGAGAAGAUUAAGAAUGAGGAGAUUGAGAUUACAUUCAGCUACUGGGAUGGCUCUGGACAUCGAAAAACUGUCAAGAUGAAGAAGGGUAAUACCAUCCAGAACUUUCUGCAGAGAGCCCUGGAAGUCCUCAGGAAGGACUUCAGUGAGCUCAGGUCUGCUGGAGUGGAGCAGCUGAUGUACAUCAAAGAAGAUCUGAUAAUCCCACAUCAUCACAGUUUUUAUGACUUCAUCGUGACCAAAGCCAGAGGCAAAUCAGGCCCUCUGUUCAGCUUUGACGUCCACGAUGAUAUCCGACUGGUCAACGAUGCCACUGUGGAGAAAGAUGAGUCUCAUGCAGGUAAAGUGGUGCUGAGGAGCUGGUAUGAGAAGAACAAGCACAUCUUCCCUGCCAGUCGCUGGGAACCAUACGAUCCUGAGAAGAAAUGGGACAAAUACACGAUCCGAUGAGACGGCCUGCACCUCCUCUGGCUGCAAUCCUUCGUGCAAAUGUUUGUUACUUUCCAUCUUGUUGUAAUUAUCUGUUUUAGUCUAAAGUAUUUCAAAGUGCUUCUUUUCCAUAUUUGGUUGGUUUUAUUUGGAAACACCCCCCAAAUGUCUUUGAAUUGCCACGUUCUUGUGUACAUAGGUGAUUACUCUGAAGCUUUUGUUGGAACGUCUUCUGAAUAAAAUGAGCCUGGAUAACA